AUGGAAAAUAAAGGGAGUGUGUUGAUGCAGCGGUAUGAAAUGGGUAGAUUAUUAGGCCAAGGAACCUUUGCCAAGGUACACCAUGCAAGGAACCUUAAAACUGGCAUCAGUGUGGCAAUUAAGAUAAUUGAUAAAGAAAGGGUCUUGAAGGUUGGGAUGAUUGAUCAGAUUAAGCGAGAAAUUUCUGUCAUGCGACUAAUUAGACAUCCCAAUGUUGUGGAGCUUUAUGAGGUAAUGGCCAGCAAAACCAAGAUUUACUUUGUCAUGGAGUAUGUUAAAGGUGGUGAGCUCUUUGACAAGGUUUCCAAAGGAAAGCUAAAGGAGGAUGUUGCUAGGAAAUAUUUUCAACAGCUGAUCAGUGCUGUCGAUUACUGCCAUAGUCGAGGCGUCUGCCAUCGAGAUCUGAAACCAGAAAACCUACUUUUGGAUGAAAAUGAAAAUCUAAAGGUUUCAGAUUUUGGAUUGAGUGCCCUUGGUGAAUCUAAGCGCCAAGAUGGGUUGCUUCAUACAACCUGUGGGACCCCUGCAUAUGUUGCUCCAGAAGUAAUAAACAGGAAGGGCUAUGAUGGUACCAAAGCUGACAUUUGGUCAUGUGGGGUGAUAUUGUAUGUUCUGUUGGCUGGCUAUCUUCCGUUUCACGAUUCAAAUCUGAUGGAGAUGUAUAGGAAGAUUGGUAAGGGCGACUUUAAAUUCCCUAACUGGUUUUCUCCGGAGGUACGGAAGUUGCUGUCAAAGAUCUUGGACCCGAAUCCAAAAACUCGGAUAUCUAUGGCCAAAAUUAUGCAGAAUUCUUGGUUCCGGAAGGGCCUGGUCCAAAAACCUGUAAUUGCUGAAGUACCAGUGAAAGAGCCAGCCCAUCUGGAUGUUGAUGCAAUUUUUGGACCUAGCGAAGGUAGCAAUUCUGCUGUGGAGUCAAAGCAAGAAUUAGCAAAGCCGUCUAACUUGAAUGCUUUUGAUAUCAUCUCCUACUCUGCAGGCUUUGACUUGUCAGGGUUGUUUGAGCAGACUGAACAGAAAAAGGAAGUGCGGUUUACAUCCAACAAAACAGCCCCAACCAUCAUCUCUAAGCUGGAGGACAUUGCAAAGCGUCUGAGACUGAAAAUAAAGAAGAGGGAUGGAGGGUUGUUGAAAAUGGAAGGAUCCACGGAAGGCAGGAAGGGGGUGUUGGGCAUUGAAACUGAAAUCUUUGAGAUCACUCCGUUUUUUCAUUUGGUGGAAGUGAAGAAGUGUAGUGGAGAUACAUUAGAGUAUCAAAAGGUCAUGAAAAAGGAUAUUAGACCAGCUCUGAAGGACAUUGUUUGGACUUGGCAAGGGGAGCAGCUGCAGCAAGAACAACCACAACUAGGGCAGCAACAACAAGAAGAGCCGCCACAACUAGGGCAGCCGCAGCAGGAGGAACAACAAGAGCAACAAGAGCCACCCCAACUAGGGCAGCAAGAGCAACAGCCUUCUCUGGCACUCCCUGUGCAAGUGGUCUCACCCCAGGAUUCAUAA